GUUUUGCAAGGUCCCAGGCCCGCGUAUAUAGACAGGCGAUUGUCUGCGCCGGCCCAGUUCUCUCGCCGCUGGCCCGCCCCUCCUUGUCUUGUGUAGCGACGGCUGUUGCUGCUGCUGCUGUUGCUGCUGCUGUUGCUGCCCGCAAUCGCCCCUUCUCCGUCGCAAUCGAGUUAGACGACCACGACCAUGGUCGACCACCACAACAGGGACAAGUUCCCACUGCCCGUCCCGCCGCCGCUCCUCCACACCCGUGGCAACAGUAUGGACCGCCCAGGCACGCCCGCCGAGGCCUUCAUCAGCCCGCAGCAGACGCCCCAGGGCAGCCCAAGCAAACACCACCAGCCGCCGGGCGCAUUCGACCUGCCCCAUGUCUUCGAGAAUGCCAUGCGCCUCCUGCCCACCAUGGGCUCGCCGCGCUCCAAGCCAGCGUCGCCGACGUUGCCCAACAAGCUGAAGCUGGGCGCCGCCGACGAUGCAGAGUACGCGGGGCCAGACUCCACCACGGUCACAUCGGGCUCGCCCACACGCAGGUCGAACCAGGAGAACGCACCGCCGGGCGGGCGCCCCGCGGUACAAAAGGACAACAGCCACAUGACACACGCCGCGCAGUCGCGCAAGGAGCCCUACCGGACGCGCGACACGGAGCAGUCGACACGCUACCUGAACGGUCCACAGCGCCUUUCGGCAGAGGACCUGGAGAAGGCGAGGAAGCCCGCAGUCAAGCGCCUUGCCAAUGUCACGCAACUGUAUUUCCUCGACUACUACUACGACCUCCUCACCUACGUACACACCCGCCAGACCCGCCUCUCGCAGUUCAAGGCCCAGAACCCUCCUCCGCCCGAGACGCCCGACGACGACUACAACACUGCUCUCACACAAUACCUCGGCCGCGAGCGUGCCAACCUGCGCAAGCGGCGCACGCGGCUAAGACAGGGCGACUUCCAGAUCCUCACCCAGGUUGGUCAGGGUGGCUAUGGACAGGUGUACUUGGCCCAGAAAAAGGACACGCGCGAAGUUUGCGCCUUGAAGGUCAUGAGCAAGAAGCUGUUGUUCAAGCUGGAUGAGGUCCGCCAUGUCCUGACAGAGCGCGAUAUUCUGACCACGGCUAAGAGCGAGUGGCUUGUACGCUUGCUCUACGCCUUCCAAGACGACAAGAGCAUCUACCUUGCCAUGGAAUAUGUUCCAGGAGGUGACUUUCGCACCCUACUCAACAACACUGGCGUUCUGCACAACCGACAUGCGCGCUUCUAUAUUGCGGAGAUGUUUACAUGUAUCGACUCACUGCAUCAAUUGGGCUACAUCCAUCGAGACUUGAAGCCCGAGAACUUCUUGAUCGACAGCACCGGACACGUCAAAUUGACCGACUUUGGUCUGGCUGCUGGUAUACUUGCCCCCUCCAAGAUCGAAUCGAUGCGGAUAAAGCUCGAGUCGGUCAGCGAUGUCGUCUCGCCAUUCGGCCGACCAAUCGAAGAGCGAUCUGCAGCGCAGCGACGAGAAAACUACCGCUCCCUUCGUGAGCGAGAUGUCAACUACGCAAAGAGCAUUGUGGGCAGUCCGGAUUACAUGGCCCCUGAAGUACUCAAGGGGGAGGAGUACGACUUCACAGUGGACUACUGGAGCUUGGGGUGCAUGCUGUUCGAAGCGCUGGCUGGAUACCCGCCCUUUGCUGGCGCCACGGUCGACGAGACAUGGCAGAACUUGAAGCAGUGGAAGAAGGUCUUGCGGAAGCCCGUCUACGAAGACCCCUCGUACUUUCUCUCCAAGCGCACAUGGGACCUUAUCGUGCGUCUUGUGGCCUCCAAGACUUCCCGCUUCCGCAACAUCACCGAGAUUCACGCUCAUCAGUAUUUUGCUGAAGUGGAUUGGACCAAGUUGAGGGAGCAAAAGGCACCAUUCGUGCCAGAACUGGACAGCGAGACUGACGCCGGGUACUUUGACGACUUUGGCAACGAAGCCGACAUGGCCAAGUACAAGGAGGUGCACGAGAAGCAGGCUGCGUUGGAGGCUAUGCAGGAUCGCAAUGUCCAAAUGAGCAAAGGUCUCUUUGUUGGAUUCACCUUCCGCCACAAGAAGCCCACCGAAGAGAAUGGUAAGCCGGCAAGCCCCAGAAAGCCGCUUCCCAUGGUCGACGAGAAUUUUGGCACCAUUUUCUAGAGGCAUGGUCCUCGCCCAGCACGCGAUAGCACUGGCUGCAUCUGUGCAUUUGCGGUUUUGUUAGUUUAUGCGAUUCGUUUGAAGCAUGUGGCAGUCGUCGUUUUGGGACGAGUAAUGAGGCGAAUGGAUAAAAGGAACGCUUUCAUGACUUGGCCAUCACAGUCUCCAUCAAAUUCGGCGUUUGGUCUGGGACCCGCAUAUUCCUUUUGGCGGGCAAUUGCGCGGCAUGCUUUCGGAGGAUCGUGUAUUAGUAGACAAUGGAUACACGAAUAUCAUGAGUAC